AAUAAAGUCAUUUUUUCCCCCGCAUCACUUAUGUCUGUUUGUGUGCCAAAAUCGAAGUUAUUUUGGACAGCCAGCCAGACUGACUGAAGCUCCUGAAGGUGUCCUGAUGUGUUUCCCGAUCUCAAAUUUCCAACUUGAACUCUUGAAAGGCUAAUGGACAAAUUGAAAGGGAGAGAGGCAAGUAUGGUGUAUAUUAUACAGUAAAUAUGCAGUAAUUUGAAUCGUAUGAUCUGCAGAGUUGAUUUAUCGAGUGAAAGCGUGUCAGGACAUCUGGAGUUUAUUACAACUAAAAACACAGCUUGUGAAGACCUGCCUUUUCAGCAUCUUCCUUCGAAUACAGUUCCAGCAUUUGAAUAACAAACAACCAGUUGCCUCUGGACUCAACCUGGCUCCAUUUUACCAGACUGAUAUUAGAUAAGAAGGGAGUUCUCUCGGUUUUAUUAUAUAACGCAAACUAAACAAGACAAAAAGAAAUCAAAGGUGAAAAUAUACAUCAUGCUUUUGUCUUUGGUAACUGUAUUUCUUUUGCUUGGAAUGGGACAAGCUCAAAGGACAACUCCUGAUUUUAUCAUGGAAUAUUUUCAGAGACAACUUCAGCAGCUUGAGGGACGACUGAUCAAAUGCGAGCAAGACUUCCAGCACUUCAGUCAAAGGAUGUAUGACAUGUCCAAGGAGAUACAUGGCGAAACAAGCAAGAUGAAUGUGCUGAAAUCAGAGGUCAAAGGUCACAUUGACACCUUUGCUAUGCGUUUGGACCGAGUGGAGAGAGAUGUGGAAUACCUGCAUAAUAAGAUCCCUGACACCGUUCAGGUUGACAUUGAGGACUCGUUGAUCGAACACCAGGUGAAAGAAGCCAAACUAAAAAAGACAUCUGUAAUCCCUAAGGGCAAAGACUGCAGUUCAGAAGUUGUGGGUAUCAAGUCUCUCAAAAUCGUAAAGAAAGCAGGCGAUGCCAAUGGAUCCUGGAUGAAGGAUCCAACAAAGGGUUCUGCUAAGAUUUACUUUUUUAGUGGCACUCGAAACAGUACAGUAUUAGCAUACACCUCUCUGAAGACCUUCACCGAACCAAACUCCACCAAAAAAACAGAAGUUAUCCGUCUUCCUUUUCCCUGGCACGGAACCGGCCAUGUGGUCUACAACGGCUUUGUGUACUACCACAGCGCAGACACCAGCAAUGAGAUCCUGAAGGUCCACCUCAGCAACCGUACGGUGGCUGAUCGGUUGCUGCUUCCUGGAGCCGGUCGGAUGCCGGCAUAUUCCCUCAAUCCUCACACUCUGCUGGAUCUCGCCGUAGAUGAAAUGGGGCUCUGGUCGAUCCAUGCAGACCCAGACUUUGGCGGCAACCUGGUGAUCACCAAGCUAGACCACAGUAGUCUGGCAGUGGAGCACACAUGGGAUACCAACUGCAAUAGCCGUGAUGCAGAAGCAGCUUUCAUAAUCUGUGGAACCUUAUAUGUGGUCUACAACUCCCACUAUGGUGGAAGGUCCAGCAUCCAAUGCUUGUUUGAUAUCCAUGACACCAUCUACACUGAGAGCAUUUCUGUGCUGUUCUUGCCAAAGCGUUACACCAGCCACUCUGCUUUGCGUUUCCACCCAAAGGAUAAGCAACUGUAUGCUUGGGAUGAUGGUUAUCAAACCAUCUAUAAGUUAGAAAUCAAGAAGAUAUAGGAUAGGUCAGUUCUACAUAGUAGUUACAAUGAGGUCCUUUUAGUGCUUUAUUCUUCUUCCCAAUCACAUAUAAUCUGCUUGUAAUUUAAUGGAAGGCACUUUGUAGUUGUGCCAGACUGUCAUUUCCUGAAAAACAAAGGACUCUUUGACCUCCUCGGUUCAGUCAGAGAACCGCAAGUAUCAUAUGUGCACUCUUUCUAUGAUUUGAGACAGUGAAAGAUGUUUGUCCAACAGCAGUAGGCUACUCUAUAAAUAAAUAACAUUAUAUGAAAGAAUAGACUAUCUGCAAUGCAUAUGUCUCUUAAAGAAGUUUGCCUUUCAAAUUUACUGUAUUUCUGAGGUUUGAAAUAAAACUAGGCUAUAAUGUGCACCACACAAAGCUCAAUUUGUGAAAUAAUUAUUUUUCUGACAUAUUUUGGAAAUAAAUAAUCGAUGAUAAUCCAUAGCUUAGUUGUGAUUUAACAAUAUAUUAGGGCGUUUCUUCAACUAGGGGCACUUUUAGCCUUGUGAAGUUGAAUUAAAAAAACUUUUCACGGAACACAGUCUCAUAAGUUUAAAUAAUUUGUCUAGUUUUAAGGUCUGUAAGAGGACAAACUUAGAUUACAAGAGAAAUUGUUAAUAUUUUACAUUUUUUCCAAACUGCAAUGAACAAAUGUCAUUUCCACCACAUCUCAAUAUAUAGCUGUUAUUUAAAUAUAGAAUAACUUAUGCCACUCAAGAAUUGUCUAAGAUCAUUUUUGUAACUAGUUCUACCAGUUUUUCCACAAUGUACAAUAAUUAUACAUUUGUCAAUGAGAUAAGUUAACUGCCCUAAGGACCAAAUGCUGAACUGUACACCUGUCACACUCUGAAAUUUAAUAUUGGUUUGGGUAAGAGCUUAUUAGAAAAUAAAUAACUUGAAUUUUUAUAUUAAGUAGAGCAUGAUCUCAUAAAUUGUGGAUACAUUUUUAAUGUGUGAUGAGAACUUUUUAAAUAUUUUAAAAAUGUGUGUGGUGAUGGAAAUGACAGGAUGGUGGUGGUAAUGACAGCCGGGUGUUGUGGAAAUGACAAUGAAUUAACGUGAAUGUAGAGAAACAGUAGAGAUAUUUAUUAGAAAAAGUCUUAAACUCAUCACACUCAUUAAACUCAAUUCACAAAGUCAUUAAACAUAACCACACCUGUUUUUAGUGUAGUGCUGAGUUUGAUGUAUAAAACUGAUUUGUCUCACAGCUGAACGGUUACAGUGCAUACUGUAAAUAACUGACACAACUGAUGGCAAGGCAAAAAUAUAAGCAAUAAAUGAUGCAUCAAAAUGUCAACAUUGUGAGAUAAUUAUGAGGCUAUAUAAUCGUGAGAGUUUGAUACUGAAAUGUUCUUAUUGGUCUCUUAAAUGAACACUCAUCUUCUGUAAAGAGUAACUGUAAAGAACACCUGAAACUGUAUCAUUUAAACAGAGAU